AUGGAAAGUCAGAAUACAUCUAGUAAGAGUCUGGAAAUGGUGAAAAACGUCACAGAACUAGUUUAUCUCUUGGUAACUUAUAUAGGGAGAGCAUUCCCUUCCUACCACACAAAGAGAAAUCAAUCGGGGUUUGUGAGAUGUCCAGCUGUGACAGCGCAGAGGCCAUUUGAGCCAAUUCUCCCGCAGGCAGUGGCUAUCUGUAGCAGGUAUGCCGUGCUGGGAGCACAGGAGUGGAGAUGGCUUAUCUGGAUUCCUGAUUCUGCUGUGAUAGCUUCCCCGAUGUUACCAAAAGGCCAGAUUACAGGAGAUUAUGUAGGAGAGCAGGCUGUGAAAGCGUACAAAAGCAGCAGCAGGCAUGAGGGGAAAAACCUCUUCAGGCUUAUGCUUUGCACUCCAGGGCACAGUGAAUCUACAGAAACAUUGCGGGAAUAUAGAAAUCUUCUAUAACUUGCCAGGGCCUAUAUAACAGGACAAAGAAAUGUGCGUCUGGCCUUGAUGAUAGCACCAGGAGAAACGGCUGGGGGAGGCAGUGAUCUGGCCUUGUGUAAAAUAAAGCCUUUGAACAAGUGUUGUCGCUUUUUUUUUUUGCAGGUGAUUGCCCUUGUGAUGGAUUCCUUCACAGAUAUUGAUAUCUUUGGUGACCUUCAGGAUGCCUAUAACAACCGCAAAGUCCCUGUCUAUAUCCUUCUUGACCAGGACUUCCUACCCCAUUUCUUGGAAAUGUGCAAGAACUUAGGAGUUUGUCCUGAGCAGGAAAGCCUGAUGAGAGUUCGAACCCUCACUGGGAACACCUACUAUAUGAGGUCGGGUGCCAAAAUUGUUGGGAAAGUCCAUGAGAAGUUCAUGUUAAUUGAUGGCAUUAGAGUGACAACAGGCUCCUACAGUUUCACGUGGUCCGAUGGGAAGCUGAACAGCAGUAACUUGCUGCUGUUGUCAGGUCAAGUGGUUGAACAUUUUGACCUGCAGUUCAGGAUUCUUUAUGCCCAGUCGAUGCCCAUCAACCCUAAGCGGCCGUCCAGCUGCAGGAACAGUGGGAUAUUUGAUCACCUGGUGAGCAGAAUAGAGUCCCCUAAAGAAUAUACCGUGGAAGGCAACUUGAGAGCAGAAUUUGCCAGAUUGUCUAGUACUCCAAAGAAAUUGUUGAAAGAACUAGAUCAGGCCGAAGAUACUCCUGGAGGCAAACCUUGUAACCUGGGGCAUUCUUCCCUCUGUGAAGAGGAGUGGUUCAGCGAUCAAGAGGCCACGGUGGAAUGGAAAAGCACAUCGACUCAAACUGGCCCAUGGGAAGAGAAGCCUGUGGUGACCAUGUGUAAUGCUGCCACGCAGACCCAUGCUGUAACGGCAGAAACUGGCACUCAGACUUCUGUCGCUGCUAGAAUGAUGGGCACUCAGACUUCAGUUUUGCUGAAGACUGCAGUGACACAGACAAAGGAAGAUGAAUACACAGAAACACCUCUGCUUCACAGAAAGCUGUCAAAAGAAGGAUCUUCUCUGUCUGGAAAGGCUGUAUCAAGUUCUAGUCUGCGAUCACUGUCUUCGUCGUCAUCGCAGUGCUCUCUUGCAAGCUCUACUGGCUCACUAUCUUCUCUCCGGUCCUUUGAAUAUUCUAGCAGUCACAGGGCAGACUAUUUCCAAAAACUGCAUAAAGAGAGGCAAUUCCACUACUCCACUAUCAGGUCGAAGCUUAGCCACAUGGUGGAUAUCCUAUCCCGGAGGGGACGUGCGCCUGUAAACUACAUGACCCAAUACACUGGCAGAUGCAAUCUAAAACAGAGGCGUGACAUCAGUGCCAGCCUGCGCAGCCUCCGGGACGUCUCCCUCUUUUCUCUGAAUAAAUGA